AUGAAAGAAAAAGAUUAUGGAAGCUUGGUAAAUAAUACUGGAAACUCAAAAGCUAAUGUGUCCAAGGUAUCACUUCCUCGAACUUCCAGUUCUGUUUCCGGUACAUCUUCUAUCCCUUCGUCACCCAUUCAUGAUAUGUUCAGUCCCACAAAAUUAUCACCUCGGGCAUCGAAAACUUACAAAAAGCGUCCAAAGGGAAAGAUACUAGUUCAUGACAAUGCUUUAGAAACUAGUAAAGUGAAAAAACUUGGUGAGUAUCAAGAAAUUAUUGUUAAACCAAGAAAAUCAUUAGAUCCAUUUGAUCUUAUAGACAUUAAUCAUAUAGAGAAAAGCACUCCGAGUCCAGUUAAAAUGACGAAAAAACGUAAAACUGAAACUAGUUUUAAAGUGGAAGGGUUACUUGAAAUAAGCGAUGAUGAUGAUUAUGAUGCUGACAAACUGAAAAAUAAUGUCAAUUCUCAACCAAAGACAUUAAAUGAAAAGAUAGAUUCAAAUAAUAUUCUUCAUUCACUUGAACAACAGAAUCGGAGUAAAUAUCAUGACGUUUUGAAAAAAUACAAGAACAAGAAAAUUCCCAAACCAAUUGUAUCGAGGAAAGCAUUAUUGGUAAGGGCAAACAAAUAUAUGGAUUUGAUACCAAAGAUUUUAGGUGGGAAAUUAAGUACUUCAAUAUUUUAUGAAUAUGCUAAAGCACAAAAAAUGAAAUCUGAACAUGAAACAAUGUCAACACUGGAUAAAUGGCGUAUCAAAUGGGAGAAAUAUUGUGGUGGAUAUUAUGGUUUCCAAAGACAAUCGAUUAUAGGAGCACAAAUUUUAGACAAGUAUGAAAAAAAAUUGACAAGAUUUUGUAAAAGUAAUAAAACUGCCAGUUAUUGGAAUCCAUCUCAAUUUUCUACAUAUGUAUUGGCCAAUGAAAUUAUUAUUAGAAUGAUUAUGGAAGAUAUGAAUCUUGAUUUUGAUAAAGCCGAAAAAUUAUGUCUAGAGACUGUUGAUUAUGGUAUUGUGGUAGCAGAUUCUAUUGAAGUUGAUUAUGAUAAUGGUCCUAGUCAAGGCCAAACUAAAAAUAAGAAAAGUAUAUCACCUAUUAAACAAAAACUUCUACCUAUUCUGUUGAGUGCAGAUGAUAGCAGUAGUGAUGAAGAAAGUAUAUUUCGGGUUAAAAAACAGAAAGAGAAAUAA